AACGUACGAAUCUACAGUCAUGCUUCCCAGAGACAGGAUCUACUCCAGGUUCAGGCCAACGAACGCCACCUAAUGACAACAUUCACACCACACGGAUCAGUGAAACUCCGGUUGAUGAAGGAAAGGGUGUGGAAACUAUGUUUUCUAUUAAGAUUCCCAUGACAAACUCAGCCCAGGUGCUUCCACUACCUCCCUCCGGUCAACAUGUUUCGUUACUGGUCACUGACCGCGUCAGCACCGCAAUUGCAUUCCGGCCUACAUCCACUUCUCAACUGACUUUGCCGAGACGAUUUCUUAGAGUCAAACAUUUGGCAGGGACCAAAGCCAACAUAAACCUUACUGUCUACGUGCCAUUGUACCAAGCUGCACUCACAGGCGAUUGGGAAAAGGCCAAUGAAUUCAUCCGUGUGCAUCCAUCUUCACUGUCUGCUAGGAUCACAAAGGGACGGGAAACAGCUCUUCAUAUAGCAGCCGGAGCCAAACAGGCCAAUUUUGUGGAAGAGUUGGUCAAAUUGAUGAAUGCAAGGGAUUUGGAAUUGAAGAACAAAUUUGAUAACACGGCCCUUUGUUUCGCUGCUGCAUCAGGAAACACACGAAUUGCUGAGGUGAUGGUAAAAAAGAACAGAGACUUACCGUCUAUGAGGGGUAGUAAGGGGGUGACAGCGCUCCACAUGGCUGCUUUAUUAGGUCACAAAGACAUGGUGUGGUUUCUCUAUUCGGUGACUAAAGAUGAAGAUCUCACGAAAGAAGAUUUCAUCGGGCUACUUAUUGCCUCCAUCAGCUCAGAUUUGUUUGAUGUAGCCCUUCACAUACUUGACCGUCAACCCCAAAUGGCCAUUGAGCGCGAUUCAAAUGGGGAGACAGCCCUUCAUGUUUUAGCUCGAAAGACCUUAGCAUUUUCCUGCAAAAGUGGGCUUGGGAUCGGACAUAGAUUUAGCAACUCAUCUACAUAUAUGCUCUUUCGUAGUAGACUUCUUUGGAUCGCGGAAGAAGUUUUAUGCAUCAAAGGAUUUCGGUGUAAAAAAAUAUUGGACAUGCAACCUCUAGAGUUGCUGAAACGGCUUUGGGAACAAAUAACGUGGUUGGAUGAUGCGCAAAUUGGCAGCUUACUUAGGAGCCCUUCGCAACCAACGUUUAUCGCUGCUGAGUUUGGGAACUUUGAGUUUGUUUUUGAACUCCUUCGUUCCUACCCUGACUUAAUUUGGAAGGUUGAUGAUCAAAGCCGCAGCAUUUUUCACAUUGCAGUCAUGCAUCGCCAAGAAAAGAUCUUCAACCUUAUUUAUGACAUUGGAGCACACAAAGAUUUGAUUACUGCUUAUAAAGAUACAAACAAUACCAACAUGUUACACUUGGUGGCCAAGUUGGGUCCUGCCAAUCGACUAAAUAUCGUCUCUGGCGCCGCACUUCAGAUGCAACGCGAACUGCUAUGGUUUAAGGAAGUGGAGAAGAAUGUCCAACCGUCAUACAAGGACAUGAGGGACACGAAUGGUCGAACGCCUCGAAUGUUGUUUACUGAGGAGCACAAGGGUUUAGUGAAUGCUGGGGAAAGGUGGAUGAAGGACACUGCCACAUCAUGCAUGCUUGUUGCUGCACUUAUCACGACUGUAAUGUUUGCCGCGAUUUUUACAGUUCCUGGAGGCAAUAACGAUGAGGGCACCCCAAUCUUCCUUCACACGAAGCCAUUUGUUGUCUUCACUGUAACGGAUGCCUUUGCGUUAUUCUCCUCAGUUACUUCCAUACUAAUGUUCUUGUCGAUCCUCACUUCCCGGUAUGGAGAAGAAGAUUUUCUUGAGACGUUACCGAAGAGAUUGAUUAUUGGGCUUACAACACUCUUCUUGUCCAUUGCAUCUAUGCUUAUAGCUUUUACUGCAACUUUUGUCAUUGUUCUGUCCCAUAAAUUGACAUGGUUUGUUAUCCCAGUGGCACUAACAGCUUGUGUACCUGUAACCUUAUUUGCAUUUUUGCAGUUCCCACUUUUGGCUGAUACAAUUCAUUCUAGUUACGGGUCUGGAAUUUUCGCUCGUCGAGAUAUUGAUAUGCUUUACUAGGAGAAUUUAUUCAGUUCAAUUUAAUUAUUCUUGAUGUCAAUAAUUAGGCUAUGACAUUUCCCAUAUGUCGAAGGCAAAGAUUUUUGUUGCCAAGAUAGCAAUGUAUUCGUAAUGUAAUUGUUAUGCUUUACUAGAAGAACUUAUUGAAUGGAAUCAAAAUACUAUUGAUGUCAAGCAAAUAAUUUGUUUA